AUGCCAGCACGCGCUCUCACUCGCCUCCUCCCUCCGCUCCCCAAUGCAGGAUUUGUGGCCAUCAUCGGCCGCCCAAACGCGGGCAAGAGCACGCUGAUGAACGCCCUGCUGCAGCAGAAGCUGUCGAUCGUGACGCCCAAGGCGCAGACCACGCGGCACCGCAUCCUGGGCAUCCUGUCUGAGCCUGGGUUCCAGGCUGUGUUCCUGGACACCCCUGGCAUCAUUGUGGACAAGCGCAACAAGCUGGAGGACAAGAUGAUGGCCAGCGUGCAGCAGGCGGUGAGGGAUGCCGACUGCCUGCUGGCCAUCGUGGAUGCCUCGCACGAGCCGCAGCAGGCGCUGGCAAUGAUCCAGCCGGGGGACGACUGGAAGGGGCCGCCCAUGGCUGUGCUGCUCAACAAGACCGACCUGGUGCCAGCAGAGGAGCUGGAGGCACUGGAGGCCUGGUACCGCCAGUACUGCAAGGCCGAUGCGGUGCUGCCCAUCUCGGCGCUCGAGUCUAGCAACCUUGACGCGGUGGUGGAGUGGCUGGUGGGCAAGCUGCCAGAGGGGCCCUCCCUCUACCCCAAGGACAUUGUGAGCGAGCAGCCCGAGCGCUUCUUUGUGUCUGAGAUCAUCCGCAAGCACAUCUUCCUGCAGUACCAGCAGGAGGUGCCGUACAGCGUGGCAGUGGAGGUGGUGAACUACAAGGAGCGGCACACCAGGGGCAAGGACCUGAUAGAGGCGGAGAUUGUGCUGGAGAAGGAGCGGCAGAAGGGGAUCAUCAUCGGGCGGGCGGGCAGCGCCGUGAAGCAGCUGGGCACGGCUUCGCGGGCGGAGAUAGAAGCGUUCCUGGGGCGCCCCGUCUACCUCAGCCUCACAGUCAAGGUGCGGGAGGGGUGGCGCAAGGACACGCAGCAGCUGGAGCGGCUCGGCUACUGA